AUGGAUGAAAGCAAGUUUAAACUUCGCGUGUUAUUACUCUCUUUCUUACUCAUCUCUGUAGUUCCUUCGAUUCUCGGGUUCAAAAUGAGAGGCAACACUAGAUCUGAGUUGGGAGCACUGCACGACGUAGAAUAUUUACCGACGAUAAAGAACAGAAAGUUGAUGGUUACAGUUUUGGAAGUUGAUUAUUCAGGUGAUUAUGACGAUGGAGCCUCUUCAACAUCACCAUCACCACCAGUACCUGAUUAUGAUGAUGACAUCUAUAAAAGGCAAGGUGAUGUCCCAAGCCCCGGUAUUGGCCAUUGA